AUGGAAUAUCCUAUAAGUAGAUGCUUUAAUUAUUAUUCUUCAUGUAGUAGUAUACUAUUAUUAAUUAUACUUUACGAUUGCCACCCGUGUGGCCCUAACUAGAAACCCCCACCCCAAAAAAACCUCAAUUUAUACCCGUCGAUCACUCAAAUUCCUCUUCAAAUCUUCAUCCAAAUCUCCACAAUAUUAAUCUGCACGCUUCACGCUACAGAUUCAUCCACAAAUUUCCCUCUUUUGUCAACGUAAGUGAUCACAAACCCUAGAAUUCAGAUUUCACUGAAUUCGUUGUUGUUUUAUUCAAUUGAUUGGGUAUUUUGUCGUAAAUCGAUUGCUGCUGUAGUUUAUUGUUGCUAAUCGCACGAAUUUAGGGUUGAAAGACGGAAUUUGGGGGAUUCAGUAGUUAAAAAUUGAGAUUAGAAUCUAGAUUUCACUGAUUUUUGUUGUUGUUUGAUUGAAUUGAUUGCAUAAUUAGUCGUGAAUACGAUUGUUGUUGAAGUUUGGUGUUGUUGAUCUGACGAAUUUAGGGAUUAGAAUUGGAAUUUGGGGGAAUCACUAGUCGAAAAUUGAGAUUGGAGUUUAGAUCUUAUUGAAUUUGUUGUUGUUUGAUUGAAUUGAUUGCAUAUUUAGUCGGAAAAUCGUCUGGUGGUGUAGUUUAGUGUUGUUAAUCGGACGAAUUUACGGAUGAGAAUUGGAAUUUGGGGGAAUCACUAGUUGAAAAUUGAAAUGGAAAGCCCUAAUUUAGGUCAUAAUUCAAAUGAGGAUCAUCAUCCUCGAUUAAAGUUUUUGUGUAGUUUUAACGGCAGUAUAUUGCCGAGGCCACAAGACGGGAAACUUAGGUAUGUAGGCGGGGAGACACGAAUUGUGAGUGUUAACAGGGAUAUAGGGUUUGAUGAACUGAUGGGGAAGAUGAAGGAGUUGUUUGAGGGUGCCAGUGUGUUGAAGUAUCAACAACCGGAUGAGGAUCUUGAUGCUCUUGUAUCCGUUGUGAACGAUGAUGACGUGAUGAAUAUGAUGGAGGAGUAUGAAAAGUUGGGGUCUGGGGACGGGUUUACGCGUGUUAGGUUGUUUUUGUUUUCUGGUGUCGAACGAGACGAUUCGGUGCAUUUUGUUGAUAGGGAUAACGAGAGGAGAUAUGUUGAUGCUUUGAACAGUCAUAAUGAUGGUUCGGUUGACGAUUUUCAGUCGUUAGAUCAGCACUACAGUCAGUUGAAUCUUGAUGAUAAUGUUCAUAAUCGUUUUGAGAUACCCGUGCCACCGGUUAAUUUGCAGCAUGUGAGAAUUCCACGUCAGCAAUCUAAUCAUUGGUAUGGUGAAAUGGAGUCUCCAUGGAGUCCUGCAUACUACUCGCCGAAUUCACCGUCUUCUUCACAUUACCAUACUCCUUACGGUGAUCCGAUGGACAAAAGUUUCGAUCGCGUUCAUCCGGAAGAUUAUUUCAGGCAGCAAAAUGUUAGUCAUCAACCCGCGUAUGAUCAACAGUUUCCGAUACCAGAACAUGUUGCUGGUUUUCCCGGUAACAUACUUCAUGCUCCUCCUAGACCUUUCUAUAACAUGAACGUAAAUAUUGGGCACACUGUGUAUCCAGACGGUAAUCAUGUGCCGUCACAUUAUGUUCAUCACGAAGAUCGCCCACGAUAUAUUCGUCAUGAGCCUGGGUUUGUUAACGAGUUCUUUCAUGAUCAACCAAUGGCUACUGGUUUUCCAAAUGGUUAUGUGCCUGCAAAUGCUUUGUGGAGAAACGGUCAAGGUCCGGUUCAUGGACAUCCGUCUUUAGAAGCAUCGGGUGUACCAAAACAAGAAAACGGUACGUUCAACCAUGGGUUUGUUAGGACUACAAUGGACUAUAGUCCAAGGGUUCCGGUUGCAAUGGAGAAUCAGAGUCACCAUCACGUACCGACUGAACCGGUCCAAUUUAUGCCUGCACCAGUCCAACCUGGUUCUGACCCAAUUCAAUUUAGUCCUGAAACGAUCCAAAUUACGCCUGACCCGGUUCAAGUUACUCCUGAAGUAAACGAGGAACUUGUGGUUGAGGGUUUGAAUCAUGUACCGCAACCUAUUGAAUCUGUGAAGAAAAUGGAGUUUGUUGUGGAGGUGAAAGAUGAAGCUCAAGGAAGUUCGGCGUCUGCUGCUGUUAAUGAUGCUAAAGUUAAAGAAGAAAUCGUGCAAGAAUUAGACGCGGCGGACACACCUGUGGAAUUGGAGUUAGAAUCUGGCAGUGACACCCAAAGCAAUAUGAAAAUAGAACCGACAAAGGCUGAGGAGGAAGCUAUUGCUAGGGGUUUACAGACUAUCAAGAAUGAUGACCUGGAGGAAGUAAAAGAGUUAGGAUCUGGUACAUAUGGAGCUGUUUAUCAUGGGAAAUGGAAGGGUUCCGAUGUAGCAAUCAAAAGAAUUAAGGCCAGUUGUUUUGCUGGGAGACCGUCUGAAAGAGAACGUCUGAUUGCAGAUUUCUGGAAAGAGGCAUUGAUUUUAAGCUCAUUACAUCACCCUAAUGUGGUCUCUUUCUAUGGUAUAGUUCGUGACGGGCCAGAUGGCUCUUUGGCAACGGUUACAGAGUUCAUGGUUAACGGAUCUCUCAAGCAGUUUUUACAGAAAAAAGACAGAACUAUCGAUCGGCGUAAGAGACUUAUCAUAGCUAUGGAUGCUUCCUUUGGAAUGGAAUAUUUGCAUGAAAAGAAUAUCGUGCACUUUGAUCUAAAAUGUGAAAAUCUUCUUGUGAACAUGAGAGAUCCACAUCGACCAAUUUGCAAGAUAGGUGAUCUUGGCCUAUCGAAAGUCAAACAACACACAAUGGUGUCCGGAGGUGUUCGAGGAACAUUGCCUUGGAUGGCACCUGAGCUGCUUAGCGGCAAAAGUAACAUGGUAUCGGAAAAGAUUGAUGUUUACUCAUUCGGGAUUGUUAUGUGGGAAUUGCUUACCGGAGAUGAACCUUACAGAGAUAUGCAUUGCGCUUCGAUUAUUGGAGGAAUUGUGAACAACUCACUACGUCCAACAAUCCCAACGUGGUGCGAUCCUGAAUGGAAGGCGUUAAUGGAAAGUUGUUGGUCUGCCGAUCCAACAGAAAGACCAUCUUUUUCAGAAAUUUCUCAGAAACUGAGAAACAUGGCCGCAGGUAGCAAUGUGAAAUGACUAUUUUACCCAAACUCGGUAUUUGAAUCAACUCUGCAUGUGAUCCAAAAUAACAAUCAAAGGACAUCGAUCACUCUCCUUGGUUACACCCUCUGCACCCAAUUUUUUUUUUUCAUAAACAUAUGGUGCAGCCCUUGCAAAUUUAAGUUAAAGGUAUGCCUAUGUGUAUAUAGCAACUUUGCGAGUCGAAAGUAUUAUUGUCUUUUGUUUUAGUUGGCAAUAAUAUAUUUACCAUAAUACCAUCUAUGUAGAAAACCUAGAUCAUUUUUGGAUCUUAUAGUGUUUUCACACCAUAAUGCUUUAUAGACAUACUUUUUGGGCGUAUGGAGGAAGUAACUUGUAAUUUACGAUGUACGUUUUUAUUCGAUUUAAAACGAGGUAUGUUUUUAUGAAUCGGAAAUUGAGAUGAAUUCAACUCGAACA